AUGAAAACACAGGAACAAUACGUGUAUGGAUCCAAGUUGAUGUCGCAACAAGCCCUACCGCAAGAUUUCACCAACGAUGUCCAAUGGGAAGAUUGGUGCCCAACGUUCGAGAACUACCUUCGCACCACACCAGGAAGAGACGGUGUGCCACUGAGCUACAUUGUGAGAAUGAACAAUGCAGGAACGCUCACCCUGCACGAAGAUUUCUUGGAAACCUACGUCAACAUGGCACCACACGUUGGCGAAGCAUACGUCAUGGAUUACGCCAAAGUCCUGGUUCUUUUCAGCAAGUUUAUUUUGGGGAAUACAGAAGCUGAAGCGAUUCUCCAAGCCAUCAACAUUGCGGGCAAUGGGAGAGCAGCAUUCAACGCACUACGUACCCACUACGAAGGCAAAGGAAUCCUAGCCAGCGACAUUGUCAAAGCCGAACACACCAUCAAAGAACUGUGUUGCGUUGGCAAAAAACAAAAAAUGAACUGGUCCAUGUUUGAACGAAUGUUAAAGAAAACGUAUGCAACAUGCGACAAACAUGAGGGGAGAGAAGUCCAUUCAGACGCAAUGAAACUGCAUAGCCUACAAAACAAGGUUACAGCACCAUUUCUACAACUGAACAAGACGGCAAUCAAUACGGAAAUUGGCAAACGACCGAUGUUGAUGACCUUCACUACAGCAUUACAAAUCUACCGAACUGCAGUGAGAGAAAAGUUUCCCCAGGGAACCAGCAAUGCAACCGAUAGGGGACGAUACUUGGGCGAAACUAGGGCUGACAAACGUCGCAAAGAAGAAGAAAUUACUCUGAGUAAUGGAGAGAAAAUCUGGUACCAUCCUAGCUACCGUUUCUCUCGGACACACCUACAAGCGUUUACCAACAAGCAACGCGAGCGUAUGGCAAAAGAAAUAGCCGCAUAA